AUGGACAGUUACCAAAGGUACCGUCUCGCCGACACACUUAACCACCUAUCAUAUCCGGACAGACUCUUCGUCCUCGAACUCUGCAUCCUUGAUAGCCGCUCUAAUAUUCAACAAGUCAGCCACCAAUUAGAGAUCAUGCGCGGGCAAUGGGCGAUGCAGCUCGAAGAGUCGCAACAUGAAUUACAGCAAAUAAAGGAGUGCCAUAUCAUGGUGAUGAGUCCCCGGAGAACUUCGACCCAUCGGAGUGAGACGACGACUCGGGAUGAGAAUAGGUGGCCGGUGGUUUUACGCAGCUUCGGUAUCAUCGCUUGA